AGAGCGGGCCUCCGGGCGGCGGCGGCGGACGCGGCCUGAGGGAGCGGCCGGCUGCCGCGCGGGGCUCGCCUCGCCCGCGGCGGGGUCCAUGGCCUGAGCGGCCAUGUCCGGCGUGGUGCGGACCCUCAGCCGCUGCCUGCUGCCGGCGGAGGCCGGCGGGGCCCGCGAGCGCAGAGCGGGCGGCGGCGGGGCCCGCGACGCGGAGCGCGAGGCGCGGCGGCGCAGCCGGGACAUCGACGCGGGGCUGGCCCGCGAGCGGCGCGCCGUGCGGCGGCUCGUCAAGAUCCUGCUGCUGGGCGCGGGCGAGAGCGGCAAGUCCACCUUCCUCAAGCAGAUGCGCAUCAUCCACGGCCGCGAGUUCGACCAGAAGGCGCUGCUCGAGUUCCGCGACACCAUCUUCGACAACAUCCUCAAGGGCUCGAAGGUCCUGGUGGAUGCGCGGGACAAGCUGGGGAUCCGGUGGCAGCACCCCGAGAACGAGAAGCACGGCAUGUUCCUCAUGGCCUUCGAGAACAAGGCCGGGCUGCCCGUGGAGCCCGCCACCUUCCAGCUGUACGUGCCCGCGCUGAGCGCGCUCUGGGGCGACUCCGGCAUCAGGGAGGCCUACAGCCGCCGGAGCGAGUUCCAGCUGGGGGAGUCGGUGAAGUACUUCCUGGACAACCUGGACCGGAUCGGCCAGCUGAACUACAUGCCCAGCAAGCAGGACAUCCUGCUGGCGCGGAAGGCCACCAAGGGCAUCGUGGAGCACGACUUCGUCAUCAAGAAGAUCCCCUUCAAGAUGGUGGACGUGGGCGGCCAGCGGUCGCAGCGCCAGAAGUGGUUCCAGUGCUUCGACGGCAUCACCUCCAUCCUGUUCAUGGUGUCCUCCAGCGAGUACGACCAGGUGCUCAUGGAGGACCGGCGCACCAACCGGCUGGUGGAGUCCAUGAACAUCUUCGAGACCAUCGCCAACAACAAGCUCUUCUUCAACGUGUCCAUCAUCCUCUUCCUCAACAAGACGGACCUGCUGGUGGAGAAGGUGAAGGGCGUCAGCAUCCGCAAGCACUUCCCCGACUUCCAGGGCGACCCGCACCGCCUGGAGGACGUGCAGCGCUUCCUGGUGCAGAGCUUCGACCGCCGGCGCCGCAGCCGCAGCAAGCCGCUCUUCCACCACUUCACCACGGCCAUCGACACGGAGAACAUCCGCUUCGUGUUCCACGCGGUGAAGGACACGAUCCUGCAGGAGAACCUGAAGGACAUCAUGCUGCAGUGAGGCGGCCCGGCCGCGGCGCGGGCCUCCGCGAGCUACUGGAUCCCGGGGGUGCACACUACUGAGACUCCGCGCGCCGCCCGCUCCCGUGGCGGCCGCGCGCGCGCGCGUGCACAGCGCGCUCUCCCGCACAGCAGCGCCGCGCCGUCGGACGCAGCGUCACCGAGCGUGCGCGCUCUCUCUAAUGACGAAACACUGACCGGCCGGCCUCGCCCACGGCGCUCUCCCUAACCUGCAGGUCUAACCCCAAGCUCUGCCGCCGUAGCCCGUAGGAGGCCGUGUGCACACUGAUGCUGCUAACGCAGUCCCGCCCCGCCCGCCAGGGGUCCCGGCGCCACCUCCCAAAGUGAGCGAGUUGCCUUUGGAAGCUCCCGUGCCCAGUUCCUGAGAGGCCCCCGCGCAGGCCCUCGGGUGAAGCCCGGGGCCCGCCUCGGAGGGUGGGGUGGGACCCCACGGGUGCGGUCUUGCCUUACUGUCCCAGUGUGCGCUGCCCCUCCUGCCUGUCACCUUCCCCGGGUCUGUGGACGUGCCGCGUCCCUCUCCCCUCUAGGCGCACAGCGGUGCUUACUACUCUGGAUCCGCCCUGCCCUCCCCUGCCCACUGGCAAAGACACCCAACCGGCCUUGCGGGUGACUGUCCCACCUCAGGAGUGCCCUCCUGAUGAUCCCUGCUGUUGGCUGCCCUUUCGGCCGGCAGCUGCAGGGUUACCAGCACAGCCUGCCUUCAUGCCCCUGCGGGGGCACCGCUGACACUGCCCUGCAGGAAGCCGGCGGCCGCAGCACCCGAGUUUCUGCAGCCCGUCCCCAUCUCGGCCCUCCUUGCCGGCCCGGCUCCGGCCCAGGGUCCCCGCCUCUUCAGCGCCUACACAGCACGGGCCUCGGCUCUCAGCUGGGCCAGCGGGAGC